AUGACCAUGAAGGGUCCGUGCGAAAGCUCUGUGCGCCCGGAAGCGUUUCCCACCGCCAUGGAGCUGGAGUCGAACCCAGACGGGGCACAGGAUGCGGGAACAGAACCCGUGCGUGUGCUUGAGCUCUUUGCUGGAAUUGGUGGCAUGCGCCUUGCCCUCUCUGGCUCCGCUCACAAAGCCUGGGUGCAGCGUGAGAGAGAAGCCAUGCCUGUGGGUGGAUACUCGCUUGCAGAAUCCCCCAACAAGGGAGCUGUGACAGGUGGUGCCAACACCAUGUUUCCGUCCCGCGGCCUCGCGAAUGCAGGCAUGCAGCAGAUGAGUCCGAGGUUUCCGGCUAAAACCGGCGGCCCAAGCCCAAGCAUCAACACCCGCGGACAGUUUGACGAUUUGGAACAGAAGUUCAAGUUCUGGGUGAAUGGAUCAGAAGCGGGCAAGUCGGCGCUUUGGAAAGCUUGGGAUGCCAUUGACUACAACGGCAACAACAUCGUCAGCUUGGCUGAGAUUGACCGCUGGGUGGUGGACACCUACCCACAGCUGAACAACAAGCCAGCCCUCAUGCGCGCGUACAAAGCCUGCGACCUGAACCAGGACAGCUACGUGAACAAGCGAGAGUUUGCCGUCCUGCUGAGGGACUUGAUCUACUUCAACAAAGUCUGGAGCGUCUUUGACGGGAUCGAUGCAGACAGAGAUCGGCGACUGACCAUGUCUGAAUUCCGGAGCGGUCUCUCACUCCUCGGCAUGAGCUCAGUGGUGAACCCGAAGUCCCUGUUCGACAGCCUCGACAGGAACCGUUGUGGCCUCAUUCUUUUUGACGAAUUCUGCCGAUGGGUUGCUUCUGUGCAGUGUCCGGUGGACUCAUCGGUCUAUACGGCUCCAGCUCCAUCCCUGCACUCUCCAUCCGCUAAGCAUCACUCGAAGGUCGCUGUGCACCACAGCCACUCCGCCAAGACGCAGAUUGUGAACCAGUUCGAAGUGGCAGAGAAGAAGCUCCACGGACUGUUGAAGGACAAGCGGCAACUCCAUCAGCUUUGGCGCAAGAUGGACUAUAACGGAAAUGGCCUUGUCAGCCUUGCGGAAAUGGAUGGCUGCGUCACGGACUGCUUUCCGGAAGCGAACAACAAGCCAGCCUUGAUGAGAGCUUACAAAGCGACAGAGCGCAACCCGGAUGGCUACGUGCACAAGACGGAGUUCAGGGCCCUUCUCCGAAACAUGUUCUACUUUAACAAGCUGUAUUCGUUGUACGAGGUGGUGGACGUCGAUGAUGACCGACGCAUGGACUUGAACGAGUUCCGUGGAGGUUGUUCAGUUCUCGGUCUGAAGCUGACGCCUGCUGAAGCUUUCGAUGAGUUCAAUUUCAUGGACGAGAAUGGGGGCGGCAAGGUGCUCUUUGACGAGUUCUGCAAGUGGGCAGCGUCGAAAAAGCUGCCCAUCGACUGA